AUGCUGCGCGCGCGUGCGCGAAGCGCCUACACGGUGGCGCGCUCUUCAGCGGCGCGGUGCUCGGCCGCCGCCUCGAUCGGUGCCGGCAGUGGCGCCCUCAACGGCAGCACCGGGCUGGGAAGCGGUGUUGGCGCCGGUGCUGCCUCCGCCUCACUGCACGAGCCGCGCCGCUACUCCUUCAAGUACGCCACCAAACGGCAGCACAACGAGGCGCGCCAGCCGUCGUACAUUCACGACAAGCGCUACGGCCUCUUCAGCAACGAGCACAACAUCGGCAAAUCCCGCCGCGGGCUGCCGCAUAUCACGCCGAUAUACACGAAGCACAUGAGCCUGUGGGAGACAGACACAGACGCGAGCACCAACCGGUUCUUCCGGCACUACGUCUUUGGUCAGCGGGAGGAGCACCUGUUGCUCGGUCGUCCCCACGGCUUCGAGGCAGAUCAGGCUGGCGGCCGCCAGGGCGACUCGGCCUACGAGCUCAACACAGACCAGCGCUACAAGGGCGUGCCGCGGCCUGCCAUCACGAACCUGCACUACGAGCCGGUGUGGAACCAAACGCUGUACCGCAACACCGCGCAUGGAAACCAGCUCACAAACCCGUCGUCGAAGCUGACGGCGGCGGUGCUGGGGCCGGAUUUGAUGGAGGUGCGCGACAUCAAGUCCGUGGAGCACUGCAAGGCGUGGUUCGACCGGCUUUCAUUCCUCAUCCAGCAGCACUACGACGCGGUCGGCGACAUUGGUGCGUUUCGCUCGCGGCACGCGCAGCACGUGCACGAAUUUUUUGUGGCCUUCCACGAUGCUCUGAGCAGCUUUGACUUCCAGGACCGCUACCUGUACGACCAGUUUGCCAAGGCGCGGCCGAAGCACCUGGAGGACCUCUUCGCCAUCUUCCUGGAGAUGGAGGCGAACUACGUAAACGAGGCCUACUGCCCUCGGUGCAGCUUGCCGUACGCGACGACGCGCUACUGCGGCGAGGGUGACCCAAACACACCGUUUCGCAAGCACCGCGGCCGAUGGGCGCCGCAUCAGUACUGGGGCAAGGAGUGGUAUGACGUCGUGAUGCGCCGUGCGGAAGCGCUGUGGUACCGCGCCACCGAGGACCCGUUCUUUGGCACGACGGCGCACACGCAGCGCCAGGCGGAGGCUCUCCUCUCCGUCUACGUCAAGACGAAGCACCGUGCCAAGAUGGUCGACUUCCUGCACGCGCUUCGUGGCUCAAAGGAGUUUCUGCUGGGGCAACUGCAGAUCACGCCGGCGAUGCAGAAGGCCGCCGAUGACCUGCUAGACAGCACACCACACGAGCACCUCCUCACGAACGCCUUCAAGCUAGAGAGCAGUGCCGCCAAGUAUACGGGUGACGCUCAGAGUGUGCCCCACUCGCCCCUGCAGAUGCGGCUGGACAUGGAGAUGAACAAGUAUCGCCGACAGCAACGUGAGGAGGGCGUGGUGCGGGUGCCGCCUGCCUCGUGGAAGCUCGACACCUCAGCGAUUGUGCCGUACAAGGUCGACCCGCAGACGAAGCACGUGGCAAACUGGCGGGCCGUGAAGGAGGGCAUUGAGCAGUCCUUCCUCGCCACCGGCCUUCCCAAGGAAGCGUACACGAGUGAGGAGUGGCGCGAGAUGCUGUACCUGAAGGAGCGCAUCGCCAGUCGGGGCGCGCGGCGUGCGCAGCUGGAGGCCGAGCGCCAGGCGGAGGAGGCAGCCAUGGCAAAGAAGUACGGGCAGCGCUCUCCUGCAGCGACCAGCAGCUCGUCGUGGUGCGUCUUCCCUGACACAGCGUGGUAUCGCGUAUUCGAGACCGCCGCGGAGGCGUUGAAGCCGUACGGCGUCACCCAUGCCGGGCAGCGCGUGCUCAUGCGGAGUCAAACGUACGCCAACCCCGCGGCGGUGCCCUACACAGACCCGGUGCGCAACGCCUCCGUGCUGCUUGACACUACUCCGGAGGCGUGCAGUGUCUUUGGCGGAUUCGAGUCGGGCGAGGUGCUGCGCCUGACUCCAAAGGAGCCGGAGGGGGCCGCGGCGUUCGACGUGGUGGUGGUCGGCGUCGACAAGAGCGGUGCCGAGGCAGAGUGGAGCCUGUACGCCAUGCACCGCGAUGUUGCAUCGCAGACGAGCAAGGGGCUGCUAAACCUCGGCACGGACUGCCUGCAGCUGCUGUCCAGCUACGCCAAGGUGGAGACGACGCGGAGGCGUGCUGUCUUAACGGUCCUGGAUGCCCAGCGUACGCUGCCGGAGGAGCAUCUUGGCCAGGUCGUCGGCGUGCGUAGAGGCGAGCUGUACGUGCAGUGGCACCUGCAGCGCGGCGGGAGCUCUGAGCUCGACCGCAGCGUCGCUGUCCCGCUCGGCAACCCGGAGACGGUGAAACAGCUGUACAAGCUGCAGACCCUGACGGACGCAGAUGGGGCACCGGCGCUGCUGCAGGAACCGCCGUCGUGGCGCACGCCGUUCCGCAACGACUUCGUCGAUGAGCGUCUCAAGGAGCUUGAACAGGCGCCGUUCAAGCGGGAGCAGUGGGCGUCUCUCAUCCAGGGCAAGUACACGCCCAAGGUAAAGAAGUACGGCUACGCGCAGCACACUACGCAAGACGACUUCCAGACGAAGGAGUACAAGGAUCGGCUGCUGGCGCGACAGUACUUCCACAGCCCGCAGGCGUUCUCUGUCAUCCCAGAGCGGCACGAGCGGUCGGUGAAGUUCAUGGGCAAGUGGGAGCACCAGCGUGUGUGUGGACUGCCGACAGCGGACCGGGAUGAGCUGGAGAAGGGCUGGGGCGAGGCGGAGGAGAUCAGCGACGCCGCAGUGGGCGCGAUCGAGCAGGCGCUGCGCGACAUCAGCGGCCGCCGACCCGGCAACUUCGUCAAGUCACCGACGGAGACGCAGUCGCUGCGCCUCAACGAAUCGUGGUGGACGCCACUGGAGUUCGGCUGGGAGGAGCACAACCGCGAGCAGAUGGCCUUUCUCGACAGCAGUGAGCGCAGCAUCGUUGAAGGGGCUCGUCUUCCGUUUGGUGGCAAGCGACCGCCCUUCGGCACAACCUACGGCAUGGGUGAGCGCAUCAGCGAGAUUGCAGCAGACUACGCGAAGGGGUUCGGACUGGGCCCGCAUGGACACUCCCCACAGCACGACACGGCGCACUUCAACACGCUCGAGGCGGAGCAGCAACGCGUGAAGGUGCUCGGCCUCGGUAACGCACUUGUGCGGCUCUUCCACGAGAAGCUGGGCAACCAGGACAUCCAAGCCUGGUCAUUGCAGCAGUGCGGUGAGUCCGACGCGAAUGUACGCCAGCUUCUACUCUCCGUGGAGGAGUGGCGCACGAAGGGGCGCGCACCGUCGCUGCUGCUGCGCAAGGUGCUGCAGCGGUACUUGAAGGAGGAGCUCGAUGCCUUCAAUAGUGGACUGCCAGCUCACGUGCCGCGUCUCGCAGUACCGUGCGCGGAUGCGUCUGCCGCCGACAGCAUUGGCAGCAGCAGUGCCGGAUGUAUCUGGGUGGACGUCGACCGCAACGCCUUCGCCCUGGAGCACGCGAGUCAGUUCCGCCGUGGUGACAGCGAUGAGCCGUACAUCGUCGGCCUCGUGCAGCGCGCUGGUAUGAGCAGUGGCAGUGGCGGCGCCCUCGCCGCUUCGCCGGCGGGCAGCGGCGCCGACAACACCUACGCGGAGUACAUCCAACAGGAUGUGCUGCAGCGCUUUGAGAUCGGCCUGGCCCGCAUCGUCGGACGCGGCAUCCCAAGCUCGAUCAUUAUGGAGCGCACUGUGAAGAACAGCCGUGGCCUGGAGCGGGAGAGCGCGAAAAUGCUUACACUUGUGCUCGUCGGGGAGCUGGCGAAACUGCUGUCGAAGAUGCGCGUCACACCGGACAACAUCUCCAUGGUGGUACGCGGCCUGGCCCAGUGCCCCGAGAAGGAGCUGCUGGGCGGCGGCGACUUCGCUGUGCCGGUGUCGCUCAUCUUCAGCUGGAAUGGCCCGCAGUCGAAUGUCUCUGCGGCGACCAGCAAUAGCAGUAGCAGCAACGCCAACGCCGGUGCUUCCCGGGGUGCCGGUAUCAGCGCGGUGCAGCAAAUGCUUGAGCGAACGCGGCACGGCUCCAGCCCCGGCAGCAGCGGCAGCGGCGACGGUGAGAAGAUGGUCGGUAAGGUGCUGGAGGAGCUGGCGUGGAGCCAGGACGGCGUCGCUGCCGAUGUCCUCUACGCACUUCAGCAGAACAAGGCAAACCCCACGCUGCGGCAGGAGUUCCUGAACGCCUUCCUGCCCGUGUGCUCGAACGACCACCAGAAAGCACAGCACAUGUACGCCGACUACACGCUGGGCAAGUUUGUGCCCAACAUUACGGUCGCCAUCGAGGCCUUUGUGAAAUUUUUGGGCAACAUCUCGACGCAUCCGGGGCAGCUGACCAGUGAUGUGGAGUACUUUGAGGUGGACAACGCGCGCCGCGCGGAUGGCACAGAGGGAACGGGUCAGUAUACGCAGGUGCGCCUGCUGCCGCCGGAGAUAGGGCCAUUCCAGUACGAGAAUACGCUCAUCGAGUCCAUCGAGACAGCGGAGCGCUUCCGUCGGUACGGCAUCCUGGCCGGCCCGGCCCGUGUCCCCGCUUCUGGCUUCAUCGCGGCGAACUGUAAGUCGCUCACCUACAUGACGCAUCGCGACAAGGAGGUCGUCUACGUGACCACGGAGAACGACCAAGGGCUGGCCAACGCGCUGCGCAGCUCUGCCCUUUUCAAGAGCAUCGCCAGUAACCCGAAGCUAAGCUACCUCUUGAAAGGGAUCACCGGCGGCGCUCCGUCGCAUCCACUGUUGGUCGAUAGCUUCAACCGCUUCUUCUACCGUGUCGCGCCGAUGCUGAGCUUCUACCAGAGUCUGCUACAAGAGUACAGCGCCACAAUGCCGUCCGCCCAGGCCGAGGCGCAGAUCGCCAACUUUGGACUUGCCCGAGCCCUGGAGAGCGAGGCGUCGACGGCCAUCGAGCAGGACUUCCGCCGCAACGCGGAGCGCUACUGGCGAAAUGUGCUGGAGGGCCGUAGCACGGAAGAGGCCGCGCUGAGCAGUGGCGGUCGCGAGUCGGCCAGUGCGCAAGGCCGCCGACCUUCCCAGCAAGGUAGUGGGCGCGCUGGGCAGUCCGGCUCAGGCAGCCGCCGAGGCAGCGGCGAGUUCAACCUUGCCAGCGUCGUGGGCCACCGCGCUGCCGCCGGCGCGCGCAGCGAGAAGAGCCGAGUCCCUGUCUCAUCGUCCAGCAGCAGCAGCAGCAGCACCGUGGCGACGGCGGCAUCCACGUCGACGCGUGUCAAGGGCUUGCUGGGUAGCUUGAAGGGCGGCGGCAGUGGAGCCGGCCGCGGAAAGGGCUCUCGCCCCGCCAGUCCGUCCGGCGUAGCCAGCGGCAGUCGUGGAGGACGCAGCAGCAGCAGCAACAACAGCGGGGAUAAGAAUGGCAGCACAAGCGGGAGAAAGUGA